AUGGAGCCAAAAGACGAGGCCGAGGAUGACGCUCACGGCCGCCAAAUAUCCACCUUCAAUUACUACAUUGUUGGCAUGCUCACGAGGCUCAGCACCAUUAUCCCGGUCUUUGGGCAGAGAUUUAAAGACGAGGGAGACCGGAAGGAGCGAUGGAGCAUGUCUUCCAUUCAUGCAGCGUCGUCCCUCACGGGAGGCAGGCGCGCCUUCGACUCUGUUCGAUUCAAAAUUCGGCAUUCUAAACGUAUUGAAAGUCUCAUGGACAGGCUGGCCAUGUUUCGGUUCUCGUCAAGCCGCAGCGAUGAUUCGCACGACGGCCAGGACGAAUGUGACAGCCAGCUUUUGACCGACGACAGCCGUGAGCUGAAGAUGAAGACUUUGGUCAAAGUCGCGCGAGAUGCCGAAUCGGUCAUCUCCAGUUCGUCGACGGACUCUGCCAGCCUUGUAUCAAUGCCGCAUCCUGGAACCCCAUCGAAAUUACUCGAGCUACCACAGGAGCUCUUCGAUGAGAUCACCAGCUACCUCGGGCCGGCGAACAUUGUCGUGCUCGCGCUCGUCAAUAAGGAGUUGCUCGGUCGGUUCAUUCGCACUUGCCCUCCCUCUCCGAGUCUGCCAACCCCGGGUCCGAAUGCUGGCCCCUUGACGCAGGCAUCCCAAUGGAAAGCUUUGGGCGAUUUCAUAAAGAGAGCAGAUGGAGCCAAGGCCAAAUCCCGAGGCACGUUGUUGAGUCUUCUGGAUCUUGACCUGGUCGACCUAGUCUAUUGCUACAAAUGUAAGAAGAUGCACGAUCCCUUCGUGACUUUUAUCGACCGGGCCUACGCACCAAAGAAGUCGAGCCGCUGUGUGGACUACGGUGCGGAUCACCACAUGCCACCCAGGGCUACGCGAAAGCUUCUCCGAGCCAUCACCAAGCGACGGAAACGGGGAGCGCCGUACAAGGAUCUGAUUCCCCAAGUCAAUAACACCGUCACAACAUAUCGCAACGGUAUCAUGGUGCAAGCUUCUCUGCGCAUGCGCUAUCGUGGCGACCUACUUCUGUUGCGACGACAACAAAUUGUGUCCUCAAUCGACAAGACGUCGUUAGCGUUGUGGGUAUUUAGACAGCAAUUAAGGGAUCAGGCGCUGCCCUCCCAAGCCGCUAUGACCAGUCCCAAGGUACACAAGAUCUGUAAUCACAUCAUUUGGAACGAAAAGUAUAUAUCGCUCCUGCAGGCGAUGACAGAUCCACUGUGCAAAUGCAAAGAGAAUCACAGUGGCCCCGCGUCGCUGCCCCUACAUUCACCGGCAUGCUUCAGUCGAGCUCCGUACGAUGCGUCCAAGGAUAAUAACCACAUAGUUGGGAAGCAGUUCGAUGCCAUCUCACGCGAGCUCAAGCACCUGCCAGAUGACGCAAACGCCACUACGGCGCGGCUUGGAGACGUCUUUGGCUGUACACAAUGUACGACCGACUUUCAGAUGGACGUAGUUGCUCUUCCUGAUCCUUUCGGGUGGGGCUUCGUUCUCACGACAUGGCUAGACCUGGGUCCAGUUGAUUUCUGUGCCAAGUGGGACAGUCAUCGUGAUGCCCGGCCAGGACGUCUCUACGGGCGCCAGCCACCCCAUGGAGACAUUUGCAGCAGCUUCGAGAACUUGUCCGACGAGACGCAGUAUCGACCGCAGAUCAGCGAAAUCAACUUGGAAAGGUUGACCAACUAUGGAUGGGGGCCACGUGCCGCCAAGGGAACGGAUCGGUACAUCACAUGGAGUUCGGGACACAGCGCAGAUCCGGUUACCGGACGUUUUUUGGAUCCGGAUCCGCUUGAGCCCGACGACUUGGAAGGAGAUUCUUUAGCGGUGUAA